AUGUCUGCUGUGGACGCCAAACAUUUCGAUGAAAUAUGCAAAAUCGAAAAAUACAUGCACAAAAUAAACUGUAAUAUCGAAACAUGCAGAAAUUAUUGCAUGCAGUUGGAAGCUGUACGAAUGAUACCUCGUUAUUCGUCAUUAAUGUCAUGUUCAGCUGAAUGGCAGUCAAAAGUAUGUGCACGAAUCGAGAUGGAGAUUGACAUGAUUAUCAGUGAAAUAUCCGAAUACUGGACUCAAAUUGAUGAACUUGCUAAGUCAUUGAGCAGUUACGUUGCUGACGUGCAACAUGAGCACGAGUUUCCUUUUGGCUAUCUUCAGGACUUACAGGAAUUUUUGUCGUACUUAAUGGAUGAAGUAAACAAAUGGCACUCUAAUGAUGACAAAACGAAGCCAGCUGUCUUGGAAUUCAUGAAGCCUGAAGUCACUGUUCAGAAAGCUGUCAGACGUUGUAAGCAACACUUACAUUCCGUUCUCAACAGCCCAACUAAAAAGCUUUAG